AUGGCUGCGAAUCCUUCGGUAGUCUCGGUGGCAGCGGCCACCACGGCGGUGCCGGGCGUGUCCACUAUCGCGGAUUUCUCAGACUUGCGGGAAAUUAAAAAGCAGCUGCUGCUCAUCGCAGGCCUCACUCGGGAGCGAGGCCUGCUGCACAGCAGCAAAUGGUCUGCGGAGUUGGCCUUCUCUCUGCCCGCCUUGCCUUUGUCCGAGCUGCAGCCGCUGCCGCCUCUUACAGAGGAGGACGCGCAGGAUGUGGAUGCUUACACCUUGGCCAAGGCCUACUUCGAUGUUAAAGAGUAUGACCGGGCAGCACAUUUUCUGCAUGGCUGCAAUAGCAAGAAAGCCUAUUUCCUGUACAUGUAUUCCAGAUACCUGUCUGGAGAGAAGAAGAAGGAUGACGAAACAGUUGACAGCCUAGGACCCCUAGAAAAAGGACAAGUCAAAAAUGAAGCUCUCAGAGAACUGAGAGUGGAACUUAGUAGGAAGCACCAAGCUCGGGGACUUGAUGGAUUCGGCCUUUACCUGUAUGGGGUGGUGCUUCGGAAGCUGGACUUAGUGAAAGAGGCCAUUGAUGUGUUUGUGGAGGCUACUCAUGUUUUGCCUUUGCACUGGGGAGCCUGGUUGGAGCUGUGUAACCUGAUCACAGACAAAGAGAUGCUGAAGUUCCUGUCUUUGCCCGACACCUGGAUGAAAGAGUUCUUCUUGGCUCAUAUAUACACAGAAUUGCAGCUGAUAGAGGAGGCCCUGCAGAAGUAUCAGCAUCUCAUUGAUGUGGGCUUUUCCAAGAGCUCGUACAUUGUUUCCCAAAUUGCAGUUGCCUAUCACAAUAUCAGAGAUAUCGACAAAGCCCUUUCUAUUUUCAAUGAGCUGAGGAAACAAGACCCUUACAGGAUUGAAAAUAUGGACACAUUCUCCAACCUUCUCUAUGUCAGGAGCAUGAAAUCUGAAUUGAGUUACCUGGCGCAUAACCUCUGUGAAAUUGAUAAGUACCGAGUAGAAACGUGCUGUGUAAUCGGUAAUUAUUAUAGCUUACGCUCCCAGCAUGAGAAAGCAGCUUUGUAUUUCCAGAGAGCGCUAAAGUUGAAUCCUCGGUACCUUGGCGCCUGGACACUGAUGGGGCAUGAGUACAUGGAAAUGAAAAACACGUCUGCGGCUAUUCAGGCUUACCGACAUGCCAUUGAGGUCAACAAGAGAGACUACAGAGCUUGGUAUGGCCUUGGGCAGACCUACGAAAUCCUCAAGAUGCCAUUUUAUUGUCUUUAUUACUAUAGACGGGCCCACCAGCUUCGUCCCAAUGAUUCUCGAAUGCUGGUUGCCUUAGGAGAAUGUUAUGAGAAACUCAACCAACUAGUGGAAGCCAAAAAGUGUUAUUGGAGAGCAUAUGCUGUGGGAGAUGUGGAGAAAAUGGCUCUGGUGAAGCUGGCCAAGCUUCAUGAACAGUUGACUGAGUCAGAGCAGGCUGCCCAGUGUUACAUCAAAUAUAUCCAAGAUAUCUAUUCCUGUGGGGAGACAGUGGAGCACUUGGAGGAGAGCACGGCCUUCCGCUACCUGGCCCAGUACUACUUUAAGUGCAAGCUGUGGGAUGAAGCUUCAACUUGUGCCCAAAAGUGCUGUGCAUUCAAUGACACCCGGGAAGAAGGUAAGGCCUUGCUCCGCCAGAUCCUACAGCUGAGGAACCAAGGGGAGACACCCACCUCUGACACGCCUGGUACCUUUUUCCUCCCUGCCUCACUGUCUGCAAACAACACUCCCACACGCAGAGUUUCUCCACUCAACCUGUCUUCAGUCACACCGUAGUUGACUACUCUCACGUCAGCACAUUGCUAGACCAAGAUUAAACCUUACCUCCAGUAAAGAACACCACAUCUGUUUCCAAGGACCUAAGUAAGCUCUUCUUGUUAUCUAGACAGAAACAGCCUGAGGGACAGCCUAUGGAACCACCUUCAGAGGCAGGCAGAAGUAUGGCGGGGGACAGACCGUCUUGUGCCAGCCAGCAAUGUUCCCUAAUAUUCAGAAUGGCCAGUCUUGGCCUUCCUAGUCUCUCCACUUCCUCUAAAGGGUCAGUGCUGCUGAGUGGGGUAAGCAAAGGAGAUUCUCAUGCUUGUCCUCUACAAGCAGGGAGGUCAUCUUUGAACAAUGACUUUCUCUAAGACAGUGUUUCUCUGUGUAGCCUAGCCUGGGGCCUUUCUGCCUUACCUCCCUAGUGAUAGGAUUACAGGCGUAUGCCAUGAGGCCUGGCUAGAAUGACCUUUAUUUUACUGAGAGUCAGAGAUUAGGUUUAAAUAGAGUGGAGCUCUCCAUAUGAUCUUGUGGAGAGUUUUUAAAAGAAGCCUUCUAAAAGCCUUCCAAGUGAGAGUCUCAGUGAGCAUCAGCUGUGGCUCACAUUGAGGGCCGGAUGGCGACAGCAUUAACUAUAGAUACCUGAUGAGAGCCACACAUGGAGACAACUCCAUGGACAUUUUUGAAAGGAACUUUUGAUAUUUUUUUUUAACUCUCCAAAAAAAAUACUUGGUUUUUCAACCUUAUCUGAAGGAAUCAUCCUGUUUUUAUAGGUUUUAGAUACCCUUGAUACUAUGUGUUUUGGAUCUAGCCUUCCUCUUGUACUCAGAACAUUUUAUAUCCCUUUUAAUGGAAGGAACAUGAGCUGGGUGCGGUGGUGCAUGUCUUUAAUCCCAGCGUAAGGCAGAUGGAUGUUUUGACUGAGCUAUCCAAGCCCUUUGGAUAUCCAGCACUGAACUCGUUUCCUAAUAUGCAUUAGGCUGGCUGGUUCCCACUGCUGUCCCUGUCCAAGGGUUCAACAGGCCAGAUGGUAUUUAUAUCAAUUUUCUGUCCCCCUUUUUAUAUUUUUCUAAAUUUGGAAUCCAAAUAAAAGCAUAAACAAUGUCUUUAUUUCAUAUAAUAUUUGUGCAUGAAAAAACUCAAGAUUAUAAUAAGUGAUUAUAAUACAGUAAUUCUGAAUACAGUUCUGGGUAUAUGCUGAAGCUUACAAAGAGACUUAUCAGCUAAGCAGCUGACCAGCCUCAGGGAAACACAUGCAUCUUCAUCCCCACAACGUUAGUAUUUUUUGCCAAAGGGAGAUUUGAGUAAAGGAGAGUGCCGUGAGCGCAAGAUCCGUGCAUAAGGGCCGCUGUCUGUUGAGCUUUGGCAGGUAGGUGUUCGGGGAAGUAAGUUUCGCAGGAAUGGUUUCUUUCCUGGGGGUUGAUGAUUUGGCUGCUGGUUUUCCUGGUUUGCUCCCAGCCGCUUUUUGGCAGAAGCUUGGCCUUGGAGCUUCAGCACCGUGUGGUACUGCUCAGCGAUGCAGGCUGCCUUCUUCUGAAGGUCCAGUCUCACCAGCAUCAUGUUGUUCUGCAGCUCAGCCAGGGUCUGGUUCUAAGAAUUAAAGUUAGAGAAACAUAAUUAUUAGGUAUCAAGUGCCAUGUUUUGCAUACAUUUUUAUUGAUCAUUUUAAGACAUCUGGUGUCUUAAAAUGGUGCAUCUGGAGCUAAUGAGAAAUGCUAUAGCCAUAGCUUAGUGGCAUAGUGCCCAUUUAGCAUACAGAAAGCCCCAGGCUUUAUGACAUUAGCUUUAUUUUUUUUCCGCUGUUACAUCUUUUUCUUCUCAGUUUCCCCCUCACAGGGUCACUAGGUUGCCCUCACCUGUUUGAUUAAAAUGUCAUCGCAGUUGGUUAAUGCUUGACGAAGUUUCCCUGCUUCGGUGCUGUGGCAACAGGCUCUUUCUGCCGACUGUAGAGAUUGCCCUAGUUCCCGGAGCUCUGCCCGUAGCAGCCUUAUAUUCUGAAAGAAUAGGAACCAGAUUGUGGCCAAAAUCAACCACAGCAACCACCUGAAGACAGACUUAGGAAGGCUGGAGGCUGGUGAGGGCACUUAUCAAGCUUGAGUUAAAUGUAGGAACCCAUAUGGUAGAGAGAACCAUUCUACUGUCUUCCACAACACUACAUACAUACAAAUAAAUAAAUAAGCAAAAAUGGACUGGCUUUCAUUCCUCAGGACUCUUGGCACAAAAACAAAACAAAAAACCCACCGUAUUUUCAAAGCCCCGAUAAAGGGCUUUGAAACAGAUUAAUGUUAAAUACCUUCUGGCCCUCCUCUAACUUCUUAUCCACAUCAAUGAUGAAAGGCUUGGCUGUGGGUGGUGGUUUUAACAUUUGCUGAUACUUCUGUAGCUCUGAGAGGAAACACAGAGUACGUAGUUAACGUGUAGUGCAUGGGUAAGCGAUGGGGUCAGGACAGAGUUUGAGUGCCAGCUCUCCCUCAUCCACUUCCACUGUCAGGCUUCCUGCCUUCCUUCCUCACCUUCAGUGGUAGAGCUUAACUCUGUUUUGCAUUGCUCUAGUUCAGCUUUAACUUCCUGGAACUGCUGAGUGGAGGCAGAAGCUGCCAACCUUUGUGACCGACGGAGGGACAAUUCACACCCCCCUGACUGUUGUGCCACUGGCUGCUGUUUGGCUUCCUGCAAGAGAGUUUCUAGCUCUUCAAUUUUUCCAUCUCGCUCCUAAAAGGGAAACAGAGAGCACAAUUCUGUCCAGGGUCAGACAAAUACCAAAGGACCAGACUAACAAAACAGUCUUAACAUUUAAGCUAACAUUAGCCUAUAGCACACUUUCAUGGUGAACUCAUCCCUGAAUUUAAACUCAAUAGCUGCAAGACACUAAGGGAAAUUAAUAAAAAUUAAUCAUAUUAUA